AUGAUCCCUAUCAUCAAUGAUAGUCUCAUGUUAGAUAUCAGUUCGAUAGUUUAUACUAGUAAAAGGCGGCCCCCUCCCGCCGGUGACGCUUCCGGUGAUCAAACUUUUCCGAGCUGCACAUUCACCACCUGUGAAGAAAUGGUUGAAGAUACAAAAUUAGGACAAUUGGUUCCUGAAUCUGUAUUGAAGAAGCAAAAGAGAAGCGAAGAAUGGGCUUUAGCAAAGAAGCAAGAAACUGAACUUGUGAAGAAGAAGAAUGCUGCAAACAGGAAAUUGAUCUUCAAUAGAGCCAAACAUUACACCAAAGAGUAUGAAGAUCAGCAAAAGGAGCUAAUUCAAUUGAAACGUGAAGCAAGAUUGAAAGGUGGAUUCUAUGUUAACCCAGAAGCCAAAAUGUUGUUCAUCAUUCGUAUCCGUGGUAUCAACGCAAUGGACCCUAAAUCAAAGAAGAUUUUGCAGCUUUUACGUUUGAGACAGAUAUUUAACGGAGUCUUCUUGAAAGUCAACAAAGCAACAUUAAACAUGCUUCACAGAGUAGAACCAUACGUUACAUACGGGUAUCCAAAUUUAAAAAGUGUCAAGGAGUUGAUUUACAAGAGAGGAUAUGGAAAGCUCAACAAACAAAGAAUUGCACUCACGGAUAAUUCUAUUGUCGAACAGGGUUUGGGGAAAUUUGGGUUGAUUUGUGUGGAAGAUCUGAUACAUGAGAUUUUGAGUGCGGGCCCACAUUUUAAGGAAGCGAAUAACUUUUUGUGGCCGUUUAAGUUGAAGGCGCCUCUUGGUGGGAUGAAGAAGAAGAGGAAUCAUUAUGUGGAAGGUGGUGAUGCUGGAAAUCGUGAAGAUUAUAUCAAUGAACUCAUCAGGAGAAUGAAUUAGAUUUUUGAUAAUAUGUUUUUGUUUUGGUGAAAUGUUGUUAUUUGGAAAUUUUGGAAUUUAUUUAUGUUUGGUUUAUUCAUUUGCAUGUUUUAUGUCAUUAUUCGUGUGUUGGUUUUUAUUGAUAUGGUCUGAGUAUUUUUGUUGUUUUUAUUUAGGGGUUUAGAGUGCCUAGAGGGAUUAGACCGAAAGCGAAAUUGGGUUGUUGUGCAAACGGGAAGCCAAACCGAAUGUAUAAUUCUGGUUCGGGUUUGGGCUUUUGGUGUCAAGAUCGAAGUAUGACCAAAUGAUAGUUGUAUAUAUGUUGUAUAGAUGUUUUGCC